GGGAUUACAGACACCUGCCACCACGCCCAGCUAAUUUUGUAUUUUUAGUAGAGACAGGGUUUCUCCAUGUUGGUCAGGCUGGUCUCAAACUCCCCACCUCAGGUGACCCGCCAGCCUCGGCCUCCCAAAGUGUUGGGAUUACAGGCGGGAGCCAUCACGCCCGGCCCAGUGCUAUGUUCUUUUUGUUGUGCUUUAACUUAUACUACAUGUAGUCUUUUCAAAGUAUCAAACAUUCCAUUGAAAAGAAAGACUAUAUUUAAAAGCAAUUAAUACUGUCUGUGUUUGGUAAAACACAAAACUCAAAAUGAAUGGUAGCUAUUGCUACAGAAUGUGAUGAGAAUAAGAGAUGACAAGACAGCGUAGCUCAAGGUGAGGCAUGACUAAACUCAGAGGGCAUGAGAGUGCUACCCUGUGGAGGUGAGGCAGCCGGGCUCGUCAACAUCCAGAGCUGCAAAUGACCCAGAUCUGCAGAAACUAGAGAUGUUCAGGGGAGGAGGGGAAAGAAAUGGGGCUGCUCAGAUGCCAGAACAGCAGGCUCUGAGCUCCAAGAGGGCAGGGACAAUGUUGGUGUUUUUUAUAGCUUUAUCACCAAUAGCACAUACACUGUCUGGUAAUAGGUGUUAGAAGAAUAUUUGAAAGGUGAAAAGAAAAUUUUGUUUUAUAGAUGAUGGUUUUAAACAAUAUUAAAAAAAAUUUAGUUUCAAGGGUACAUGUGAAGGUUAUAUAGGUAAACUCAUGCCACAGGGAUUUGUUGCAGAUUUUUUUUGUCAGGUACUAAGUCUAGUACCCAAUAGUUAUCUUUCUGCUCCUCUCCCUCCUCCCACCCUCCACCCUCAAGUAAGCCUCAGUGUCUACUGUUCCCUUUGUGUCCAUGAGUUCUCAUGAUUUAGCUCCCACUUAUAAGUGAGAACAUGUGGUAUUUGGUUUUCUGUUCCUUUGUUAGUUUACUAAGGAUAAUGGUUUCCAGCUCCAUCCAUAUUCCCACAAGACAUGAUCUCAUUCUUUUUUUAUGGCUGCAUAGUAUUCCAUGGCGUAUAUGUGCCACAUUUUCUUUAUCCAAUCUGUCACUGAUGGACAUUUAAGUUGAUUCCAUGUCUUUGCUAUUGUGAAAUAGUGCUGAAAUGAACAUUCAUGUGCAUGUGUCUUAAUGGUAGGAUGACUUCUAUUCCUCUGGGUUUAUACCCAGUAAUGGGAUGGCUGGGUCAAAUGGUAGUUCUGUUUUCACACCAAUCAGAAUGGCUAUCGUUAAAAAGUCAAAAAAUAACAGAUGCUGGCAAGCUUGCAGAGAAAAGAGAACACUUCUACACAUUGGUGGGAGUGUAAAUGAGUUCAACCAUUGUGGAAAGCAACACUGUGAUUGCUCAAAGAGCUACAAACAAUGUUUUAAAUAAAGACUACUUUGGCAUAGAGGAGUAUAUAGAAAGAGAAAAGAAAAUGGCCAAGAAUAGAACAAGAAACAUCAAUUUUAAGGAUGGGCAGAGGAGACCCCACAGGAAAGUAAGAAGGAAACGUAAGAAAAAUAGCAGAGACACCCAGGAGACUGUUAUUAGGCAUUUGUUACCUGUCAGGCAUGGAGCACAGGACCCUUCCCUCAAAACCAACACACACACGUGUGUGUGUAUACAUGUGCAUAUAGGCAUGCAUAUAUCAGCAAAAAAAGUCCAUGAAUACACAAGUUUACACACACAUACAAACAUAACACUUUGUUUUCUUGUACUGAAGUACUUUCAAAAUAAGUUGCAGGUAAUCAUGACCCUUCCCUUCUAAAUACUUCAAUAUGCAUCUCUAAAUACUCUCUCGCUUAACCAUACCAUCAAUAUUUCUGGGAAGAUUAUUACUCAGUAAUAUCACCUAAUCUAGAAUCUGUAUUCAGAGUUAUACAACUGUCUCAAAACAAUUUGUAUGGCUAUUCCCUCCAGUCAACAAUCACCACUCAUUAAUGGUGUUAUUUCUCUUUGGCCUGUUUUAAUCUACGACUGUCCCCUUCCAGCCCAUCAUGUUUGUUUCUCGUGGCAUUGAUUUUUUAAAAGAGUCCAGGCUGGUUGCUUUAUCAAAUGUUUCAUAUUCUAAAUUUGUCUGAUUGCUCAUUGAAGAUUUUUGAUACAGUUUAUUACAAAAGUAUGUUGUGUACAUCUAAUUACAUCAUAUCAGGAGGCAUACGAUGUCAGAUUAUCUCACUUUUGGUAAAGUUGGAUCAUUCAGUGACCACCAGAUCUCUCUGCUUCAGAGGUAUACUUUUCAUUACUCUAAAUGAUGGGGGAGUAUGUUUUCAGACUGAAAGAUACUAUUCUCCCACACCCAUUCACCCAGUGGCUUUUGGCCACAAUUGAAGCUUAUUGCCUGAAUCAGUUAUCACACUGAGGUUGCAAAAUGGUGAUGUCCUAAAUUCUACCCUUCUUCUACCUUUACUAGCCAGCAUUCUUCUGUAAACAAGAGCUUUCUCAUUCGCAUCCUACCUUUUUGUAAUCUGUACUUUUAAUAUCACCAUAAACUCCUAAAUUUGUUUCGGUUUUCAAUGUAUUUUCAUCCGUUGCUAUCAUUCUCAUUAAUGCCCAAACUGUCCCAGAUCUAGGAGUGCCCUCAAGUCGGCUUCUGUGUCCUUUUUUAGCAUUUCCUAAUCGGUCUGAGCACCUCCUUGCUUUCUGAUCAAAAGAUGUCACAACUCAGCUUAUACUUUUCCUGUAUCUGAUCGGAAAUCAGUAAUUUCUCUUAAGGAGCCCUGUUUCCUUUCAGUGGCUAGUGAGAGUUCCAAACAAGAUGAGCUCACUGACAGUGGGAAGUCACUACUUCUGCAUUGGCAGGGGGGUUUCACUUUUGUUAUUUAAAAAUGGCUUCAGCAAGUUUACAGCUAUUGGGGUGUCAUGACUUACAGACAUACAGAUUUUAUUACUUUUCUUUAUUAAGGACUUUGAGCAGGUUUAAAGUUUGAAGGGAAGUAGCCCUUAGAAAGAGACGUUGAAAACAGAAAAGAGAAAAGCAACACAUAGAGUUCAAAGAAACAUUAGAAGGAAGUGGAAGUGCAUUUAAAAAAAAAAAAAAAAAAGCAUGGAGUAAAACAAAACUAGUCCUGGCACAUUUCACAGUCCAAGGAUGUCAAUGAGCAUCAAAGUGUAGUGUAUAGUAUAAAGAGAAAGGAGUGUUUAUCAGAAUUUUUUUACAUACAGGUAUUAUAUCUGAGGCAAUAAUGAAAUGGCAUCUAACAGCUCCCCUGGGGCAGGGCAAGACAUAAGACUAUUUUCUUACACUGUACUUGACUGACUUCUAUUGAAAUUCAUGGGAAAGGUGAAAUAUCACAAGUGGAAUGUUCUAAAACAGACACGCAUAUUCAAGAACAGAUAGAUCCCGGCCGGGUGCGGUGGCUCACGCCUGUAAUCCCAGCACUUUAGGAGGCCGAGACUUGCGGAUCACAAGGUCAGGAGAUCAAGACAAUCCUGGCUAACACGGUGAAAUCCCGUCUCUACUAAAAAUGCAAAAACAAAAAUUAGCUAGGCGUGGUGGCGGGCACCUGUAGUCCCAGCUACUUGGGAGGCAGAGGCGGGAGAAUGGCGUGAACCCAGGAGGUGAAGCUUGCAGUGAGCUGAGAUCACACCACUGCAGUCCAGCCUGGGCAACAGAGCGAGACUCCAUAUCCAAAACAAAAACAAAAAACAAAAAAACAGAUCCCAACAUGUGAGCCUAGGACUCAUAAAAAGUAAAGGUCUUUGAUUUCAAAUACAACUUGAACAACAUCUUCAAGCUGCAUAAAAGUACAUCUUUCACCCUUAAGUCCUACUAAGUUUGCAACUAAUACAGUUGCUCCAUUGUUGCAUGCUCUAGUUAAUAAAACACAAAUUCGUUUAAGAAUUGCUCAAUUCGCCUGGCGCAGUGGCUCAUGCCUGUAAUCCCAGCACUUUGGGAGGCCGAGGCAGGCAGAUCACGAGGUCAGGAGAUUGAGACCACGAUGAAACCCCAUCUCUACUAAAAAUACAAAAAUAAGCCAGGCGUGGUGGUGGGCACCUGUAGUCCCAGCUACUAGGGAGGCUGAGGCAGGAGAAUGGCAUGAACCCGGGAGGCGGAUCUUGCAGUGAGCCAAGAUCGUGCCUCUGCACUCCAGCCUGGGCGACAAAGUGAGACUCCGUCUCAAAAAAAAAAAAAAAAAAAAAAUUAGCUGGGCAUGGUGGCACGAGCCUGUAGUCCCAGCUACUCAGGAGGCUGACGCAGGAGAAUCGCUUGAACCCGGGAGGUGAGGUUGCACUGAGCGGAGAUCACAAAACUGCCCUCCAGCCUGAGCAACAGAGCAAGACUCCGUCUCAAAAAAAAAAAAAAAAAAAGAAUUGCUGAAUUUAUAAGUUAUUACCACAGUAUGUUUUAUUAAAAUCAAAGAACCCUCUAACAGGGAUUAAUACACAAAACAGGGAGGAAACAUGCAACAUUUUGGGUUAGAGAGUAUAUGGGAAUCACUUCUGUACAGUAUUUCUACUCCCACUUAAAAUUCUGGAUAUUUAUAUUCUUUUCCUUUGGCUAUGUAAGCCUGAAUCUUGAACAAACAUACAAGUGGUUGAUAUUCAGCUAAGCAGUUAAAGCUGUUGUUUUCUCACACAUGGAAAUUUGUCUUCAUCUUCACAGCAGAGGAUAACCACUAAUGGUCUAACAGCCCCAUGAUCUGCAGAUCUGAGUACUGCUUGCCUGAGAAAUGCAAACACCAUCUCAGUGAGGCGAAAAGAGGUCAUGGAUUCAUUUCCUUGCCUGGCCCCAGGGAAUAGGACCACAUAUUCCAAAACAAUGCUGCAGAAGAACAGGCUGGAAAAAAUUCAGUAAUUCAGGCAGCUCAACCUAGUUCCAGGAGAAAAAAGAAUUGGUUCCCAAAACCCUGAAGCCAGGAGUGAUGCAGAGCUUUGUGCCACUCUCAUGAAAGAUUAGCAUUGUGUAGGGACUGGUAAAUUAGAACUGAAACACUCUGGACUUCAUACAUAUGCUCUGUUGUUGAGUGCCACUUCCUGUCACUAGAAUAGAGGGAUCAUCAGAAGCAAAACCUCUCCCAAUUUGUCCCUUGUUCAAGCACUGCUGGGCCACAUACUGGAGGAAGCUCAGAGCACUCUGCAAAAGGUCUACUGUGCCUCCUGCAGCCCUGAAUUUCAGUGUAGAAGAGCGUCAACUUAAAUAAACUUAAAGAAGAGGGGAAACUGUCAGCAGCCUGACAGUUUAUUCUGUUAUCAGCUGAGUCACUCCCUGUAUGCGCAAUGUUCCCACUGAGUCACAGCCUGCCUCACACCAGGUAUUUUAUUCUUAUGGGAACAGGAACCCUAGAUGUAGCUGAGGUAGCUACUACUUCUCCCCUCAUUUUAGACAUGUAAAAACUGAUACACAAAGGCAGUUAGUAAUUAUCGCAAUAUUCUAGCGCCAUACAUGUAGCCAAGGCCCACUGUAUCCCACAAGCAUGCAUGUAAUCAUUAUGCUGCACUGUCUGUCCUCUGUCCACUAUUCCAACAGAGCAGUAAAUAAAGCACACUUCACAUUCCUAGACCUUAGCAUACGGAUUACUUACUGCUGAUGAGUUAUUCAAUUACAGUUAAGGUCUGACCCCAACAAGAAAGCUAAAUUCUCUUCCUGUAUCAAAAUCAUCUGAAACAUACCUACCAUUAAGGGGUCAUUCCAGUGGUUCUCAAGAAAAUUUAGAAAUGUGUGGGGACAUGGCUGGUUGCACAAACCAUGGCGUUCUACUGCCACCUAGUGGAUACAGGCCAGGGAUGCGGCUAAACACCCAACAAUACACAAGACAGCCUACCCACAAAGAACUGAAACCGAAAAAAACAGUUAACAGUACCAAGGCUGAGAAACCCUGGACUAUUCCAAUCAUUAUAGGCAAAAAAUUACAGGUCCAUCCUGACUACCAAGAUGCAGUCCCUAGAGUAAAGGCUAAUAGUGGGUGGCCAUUUUCCUGGCCCCCAGUUUGCCAUUCGGGAAGACUGCAUGACUAUGUAUCCAUUGGAGGUCAUGAGGUGCCUAUGCCACACCUCACCCUCCACUGACAGCUCCCAUGAUCCAUUUGCAUAAUCACAAAGUGAAGACAGGCUGGAGUUCUUAGACAUGCCAAAUAUGCUAGACUUGCACUCUGCCACAAGCUAUGCCAAAAGUGUUUUGAAGGAAGCGAUUAGAAUACAAAGUAAAGACUAUGUUUGGAUAUUAUCAGUUUAUAAUCCAACCUAAUCCGUCCCCCCUUCCCAUUCUCACACAUAAUCAAGAGUUGGAUCUGUUUGUAGCAGAAAUUCAGAUUUCUUUUAUCUUUAUGGGUUGUAAAGACUGUGAAUACGAAGAUCAAGAGGGAAUCAAGAGAGGGCCGAAUUUAUGCUUUGGUGGAGGAGGAAGUUCUUGGGUAUCUGCAAUUCAGCCUAAGAAGAAUAUUUAGAUAUUUCUAAUGUGAAAACUUAGCACAGCUCCUCAAUGAAAGUAUGUGGCCACACCAUUCAGCCAAUUUUAAGUUACAUUAACACAUGUUGGUCACUGACCUGGAUUCUAACUGAAGGUAAAGUCGAUGGGUCACAGCAGCAGGAGUUAGGAUCAAGUGACCUGAUCUUGAGCUCACAUCUCCUGCCAGAGAAAACUGGCUGAAGGUGACAAACAGCAGCAAGCAGAGCUCUCCUUGUGCCAGGGGCCCCAGGGGAUCUGCGUGUGGCAUCCGAACCACAUGCAGCAGAUCUGGGUUUCUCCCUGCAGAAGAGUUUCCACCAUUUAUAGGUUAAUGUUACCUGUUGUAAUCACCAUUCAUGAUAGUCCGACUCUGUAUCUCUCUUUGGAUAUCAACGCAGGAGAUAGAAAACUGAGUCAAAAAAUCAGAAACUCAUUUUAAAUACUUUUAGAAACUGGCAAAUCAAAAGGAGGUUCUCUAUGCCGCAGUAUCUGGAAGAUAACUGAAGAAACUGAAGGCAUCCACCUCAUGCAAAACCUUAAAACUCAGAUCAAAAACAAAAAUAAUAUAUAUACUCUCAAACAUACACACAUGCACAUUCCUUUCCUGAAAAAAAAAAACACUGGCUGACUUCUCAAGAUGCGACUCCAGCAAAAUGUUGAAGGGCCUGUGUAAAGGAUCACAUUCAUAUAAAACAUGCUGCCCCCACAUUCUUUCAGGAGCAGGGGAGCCCUGGCUUGGAAUCAAUCAGACAUUAGUUUGAAUACUGUCUGGCUAUGUGUUAGGUGCCCUUUGAUGAAUCACUUAACCAUUUUAAGCAUCACUGUCCUCAUUUGUAAGGUAAACGUUUACUCAUUGGCAAGAUUCCAUCAUGUUACCCAAGAGCUUAGGCCAUCCAUUUUCCCCCACUGUGAAAGCCUCUCGUGUCAGUCUUGAUGCCUGUUCCUAUAGCUCUCUCACCCCAAAACUCCUUCCCUCUUCUUUGCCUAGCUAAAGCCAACUCAUUUGUCAAUCUUCACUAUCACAUGCUCCAGGAAAGCUGCCCUGAUGCCACCAUUUCUGAAACUAGAUACGUGCUCACUGUGUUCCUGUGCUUCCUCCUUCAAUGAUGACCCCAUGUCAUACCUUGAAGUGUCCCUCUGUUCAGCCUCCCCCUAGACUGGAAUCUUCCUGAGAGUUCCCUGAUGUGUUUCCAUAGGGCAUGGCAGCAUGUUCUGAUGGCUUUAGUGAGCAAAUGAACAAAAGGCCUUGGCAAAGGAAGAAAUAUCAGGGGUACACAGGAGCCAAAGGUUACAAUGUACUUUAUAAACAGCAGAUUUCAACAAGGGGAAAUCAAUGAUAUCAAAAACUGCAAAGAGGUCAGGAAAUAGAAUAACUGAGAAAAAGACAACAGACUUAGAAAUUAGGUCCCUGACAGCUUCUGGGAAGUGUGGUGAGUGUCAAACAUCAAAUGCUCUGGGUGAUGAAAAAAGAUAGGGGGUGGGAGAGUUCCUUCUUCUGGGUGAAGGAGAAAGUGAGAUUCUCCUUGACUGAGCCUAGACAGGGCACGGACAAGAGUGCCACAGGAAUGCAGAACACGGAUGAGACAGUUAUUUGUAAAUUAUUUUAGUAACAUAAAAUGUAAUAACACAACUAUAAAUACACGACACAUGAAUACUAUGAAAACCACAUAGGCGAUCACAUUGACACCAAAAAAAAAAAGUGUUAAACAUUAAGGCAUGAGAGAUUAAAGCAGCAAGAAAAUGGCUUCAGUAAGUUUAAAAAUGUAUAAAUGAUUACAUACAUCUAUACUAUUUUCUAUUGAUACAGAAUCAGCUAGAAAACAAGUAUUUAUCUCAUAGAAAAAGAUCCAGAGCACUGUGUGUUAAAGCUUUUGAUGUCUGGACUGAAAGGAAGGAAAAAAAUAUAUAAAAGUUGUACCUUUAUAAGAACUGAAAAAAGAAGAGGAAGAAAAAUGCACGUCAUAAGUGGGUACUGAUAAAAGCAUUAUUUGAAGGCAAUCCAUUCUCCAUAGAUAUUUCUAUUCCUAAUUAUGAAACAAUUUAAAUAUACAAAAACAGAAGUGCAGACACUAAUGUUGAUAACACCAAUGUACCAGUCACCAGUGUUAAUAGGCAGUAAUAUUAGGCAUAUUUGAUUCAGAAUUUAAGAAAUAAAAUAUCACAGAUACAGCAAAGUCCAACCACCCUACCACUUAUAAGCUCCCACUUGUAAGUUAAAACACGAGGUAUUUGGUUGGGUGUAAGGAGGCUGGACUUGCUCCUACUUCCCUCCCCAGGAGUAGGCAAUGUUCUUUUCUUUUUUUCUUUUAGGUUCAACAGUUACAUGUGCAAGUUUGUUACUUGGGUAUAUUGUGUGACACUGAGCUUUUGGGCUUCUAGUGAACCCAUCACCCAAAUAGUGAACAUAAAACCCAAGAGAUCUUUAAUGAAAAAACACUUGGGCCACUUCAAGACGACAAACGCUCACUGGGCAAAACACCUUCACUGAAAAGAGACCUCAUAUUAUGCAAAAAAAAUCUUAAAAGGCCUCUGCCUUCAGAAGUUACAAGAUGAUCAAUUCAACCUCCACACAGCCUCCAGAUGAAUCCUGCUCUCAGAACCUCCUGAUCACUCAGCAGAUCAUUCCUGUGCUGUACUGUGUGGUCUUCAUUGCGGGAAUCCUCCUCAAUGGAGUGUCAGGAUGGAUAUUCUUUUACGUGCCCAGCUCUAAGAGUUUCAUUGUCUAUCUCAAGAACAUUGUUAUUGCUGACUUUGUGAUGAGCCUGACUUUUCCUUUCAAGAUCCUUGGUGACUCAGGCCUUGGUCCCUGGCAGCUGAACGUGUUUGUGUGCAGGGUCUCUGCCGUGCUCUUCUACGUCAACAUGUACGUCAGCAUUGUGUUCUUUGGGCUCAUCAGCUUUGAUAGAUAUUAUAAAAUUGUAAAGCCUCUUUGGACUUCUUUCAUCCAGUCAGUGAGUUACAGCAAACUCCUGUCAGUGAUAGUAUGGAUGCUCAUGCUGCUCCUUGCUGUUCCAAAUAUUAUUCUCACCAACCAGAGUGUUAGGGAGGUUACACAAAUAAAAUGUAUAGAACUGAAAAGUGAACUGGGACGGAAGUGGCACAAAGCAUCAAACUACAUCUUCGUGGCCAUCUUCUGGAUUGUGUUUCUUUUGUUAAUCGUUUUCUAUACUGCUAUCACAAAGAAAAUCUUUAAGUCCCACCUUAAGUCAAGUCGGAAUUCCACUUCGGUCAAAAAGAAAUCUAGCCGCAACAUAUUCAGCAUUGUGUUCGUGUUUUUUAUCUGUUUUGUACCUUACCAUAUUGCCAGAAUCCCCUACACAAAGAGUCAGACCGAAGCUCAUUACAGCUGCCAGUCAAAAGAAAUCUUGCGGUAUAUGAAAGAAUUCACUCUGCUACUAUCUGCUGCAAAUGUAUGCUUGGACCCUAUUAUUUAUUUCUUUCUAUGCCAGCCAUUUAGGGAAAUCUUAUGUAAGAAAUUGCACAUUCCAUUAAAAGCUCAGAAUGACCUAGACAUUUCCAGAAUCAAAAGAGGAAAUACAACACUUGAAAGCACAGAUACUUUGUGAGUUCCUACCCUCUUCCAAAGAAAGACCACAUGUGCAUGUUGUCAUCUUCAAUUACAUAACAGAAAUCAAUAAGAUAUGUGCCCUCAUCAUAAAUAUCAUCUCUAGCACUGCCAUCCAAUUUACUUCAAUAAAAUUCAAAUAUAAGUUUCCACGCUUUUUUGUAACAUCAAAGAAAACAUACCCAUCAGUAAUUUCUCUAAUACUGACCUUUCUAUUCUCUAUUAAUAAAAAAUUAAUACAUACAAUUAUUCAAUUCUAUUAUAUUAAAAUAAGUUAAAGUUUAUAACCACUAGUCUGGUCAGUUAAUGUAGAAAUUUAAAUAGUAAAUAAAACACAACAUAAUCAAAGACAACUCACUCAGGCAUCUUCUUUCUCUAAAUACCAGAAUCUAGUAUGUAAUUGUUUUCAACACUGUCCUUAAAGACUAACUUGAAAGCAGGCACAGUUUGAUGAAGGGCUAGAGAGCUGUUUGCAAUAAAAAGUCAGGUUUUUUUCCUGAUUUGAAGAAGCAGGAAAAGCAGACACCCAGACAAUCACUUAAGAAACCCCUUUGAUGUAUUUCAUGGCACUGCAAAGGAAAAGGAAUAUUACUUGUAUACUUAGCAAGAAAAUUUUUUUUUUCUGAUAGCACUUUGAGGAUAUUAGAUACAUGCUAAAUAUGUUUUCUACAAAGACUUACGUCAUUUAAUGAGCCUGGGGUUCUGGUGUUAGAAUAUUUUUAAGUAGGCUUUACUGAGAGAAACUAAAUAUUGGCAUACUUUAUCAGCAACUUCCCCUGUUCAAUAGUAUGGGAAAAAUAAGAUGACUGGGAAAAAGACACACCCACACCGUAGAACAUAUAUUAAUCUAUUGGCGAAUGGGAAAGGAGACCAUUUUCUUAGAAAGCAAAUAAACUUGAUUUUUUUAAAUCUAAAAUUUACAUUAAUGAGUGCAAAAUAACACAUAAAAUGAAAAUUCACACAUCACAUUUUUCUGGAAAACAGACGGAUUUUACAUCUGGAGACUUGGCAUAUGGUUACUGGCUUAUGAGCUACCAAAACUAAAUUCUUUCUCUGCUAUUAACUGGCUAGAAGACACUCAUCUAUUUUUCAAAUGUUCUUUCAAAACAUUUUUGUAAGUAAUGUUUGUAUCUAUUUCAUGCUUUACUGUCUAUAUACUAAUAAAGAAAUGUUUUAAUACUGUCUAUUUUUUCUUAAUAAUCAACAUAUGAGGAAACAUUACCAGAUUUCCUCACAGUCAAGACAUAUGUAGUUUCUUUAUAUGCUCAAUUAUGCAUGCUAAUACAAUGGAGACAGUUACAUAGAGAAUUCAAAAAUUCUAUCUGCCAGUGACUUUUCAGAAGAAGUACUCCAGAUAGGGCAUGGUGGCUCACACCUGUACUCCCAACACUUUGGAAGGCAAAAGUGGGCAGAUCACUGAAGUCCAGGAGUUCAAGACCAGCCUGGGCAACAUGGCGAAACUCUGUCUCUACAAAAAAAAUAUAAUUAGCCAGGCAUCGUGGCAUACGCCGAUAGUCCCAGUUACUGGGGAGACUGAGGUGGGAUGAUCACCUGGGCCCAAGAGGCAGAGGUUGCAGUGAGCCAUGAUUGUGCUACUGCACUCCAGCCUGGGCAACAGAGCAAGACCCUAUGUCAAAAAAAGAAACAAAAGUACUUCAUAUGUCCUAUAACCUCAUCAAUAUUUUAGGCAAAACUCAGAAAAAAAAUAUCCUAAAUUGGGGAAAAGCUGGACAGGUUUUUUUUCCCUCAGUAUCUACUUUCCACUGUCCUAAUAGUUCCCAAUUCUGGGUCAAUCAGACCGUCUCAAAAAAUAAAAAACGAAAAUUGCUAUGCUAUCACAAAUGUGCUUGGUAAACUAAGCUUGCUAUAAUUGUUUAUCUAACUACAUCUGCAAAAAAAAAAAAAAAAAAAACAAAGACGAAACAAAAAAAAAACAAAGGCAGUGUUUAUUCUUCACAACUUACAUUGGCCAGGACAAAUGAGUAAAUACUAGGGUUUUAAAUGCCCCCUACUGGGCCAUGGUAAAAAGUGAAAGUGAAAAAGAGAAGAUGAGUAUCACCAAGAAAUGCCUUUGUAAGCACGUGCUAAAGCAGAAUAGCAAUGCAAAAGUAAUAUUUUUCAGGAAACAACAUGGACUGCAGAUAAGGAUAUUGUGAAGCAACAGCUGAGUAAUAGUUACUACCUAUUAGAACUUUCAGGUCCAGAGUAACAACUAAAAACCAAGUGGCAGAGCACCAGUAAUAAUAAACUAACCCAGCGACUUCCCAGAAAUCACUAGCACUAGUGUAGGUGGGCAACAGGGAACACUUGCCAGGUCCUUUUGUAGAUAAAGCUAUAGUGCAGGCACGCCAGUGUUCAGGGUGCCCACCGAGGCUUACAACUCAGGUGCCUGCAGAAGGCACUGUAAACACAGCUGUAAGGAAACAUGGGAAGCUAAUGACAGUCUGCUGAGAGCCUCUGCCUCAGAGUCUCUGCCAAGAGAGGCCAAAGGGCUCUCAGCUCUAGUCAAUUAUUUCCUCAUUUUUCAAGAUACGAAAAGUCACAAAGUUUUUCCAUUGCUGGGGCACCAAUGAAAAGAAAAUAUACCUGCAGAUAGAAUAUGCCAAUGGCUACUCUGUAACAUGUGGAAUGCAGAAAUCUCACAGAAAGAUAUUCAAAAGUCACUCAUGACGACUAAAAACCUCCCUUUAACAGAAAUCCUUACAUUCCAUUUUGAUGCAUAAGUGAUUCAACCACCUAUAAAAAAUGUUUUAAGGUGUUUUUAUAAAAGGAAUAUUUGAGAUAAGAGUAAUCAAGAAACAGAUCAUAGAAAGAUCAUAAUCAUAUGAAAAGAUUACACACUGACAUCUACCCACUGAGGUGGGUGAACCCUGCAAUGGUCUUUUACGAAAUGUUGUCAUCACUAGUGCUCAUUCGUUGGUCAUCUUCAGCCUCCGUCUUCUUUGUCCAGAAACAGAAGCAAAACUUUUCCUUUGGGAAAGUCAUUCUGUCCUGUUCUCAACCAUGCAGCUAUCAUAUGCAGCUGACCCCAUCCCCCACAUAAGGGGCCAGCCAUAACUGACUCUAGGCAAUCAGCAUGUCUGAUUCCACUGGCCACAAGUUGGGAUGGAACAUGAUCCAAUUUGACCUAAUAAGAGCAAGUUCUAGGCUUCUGAAAAAAUUAUCUGGAGGGUGUGCCAUGAAGAUAUAAGAUCUAGAAGCACUUCUUUCAUCUGGCUACCAUAGGAAAGAGAGCCUAAAGCACCCUAUGAGUUGAAAUUGACACCAUGGAAGGCACACUGAAGACAUGGUACAAACCCAGUCCUGGUUACAAAGCUGAGUGCCUGCAUCAGUCCUAACCUAAAACCAUACCCACAGCCAAUAAGCCCAAUUUUAAUUGGUUUCUUUUCUCUUUCUUUCUUUUGGCAACUACAAAUGAGAAACUCGUGAUACACUGGCUUUAUCUAACAGAGUAAUCUAAAGAGUUCAGAAGUUCUAGAAAACACCCUCACACAAAGCUGUACUUCUGCUUGAUGAUGUUAGUCAAGUAUGUGUCAUUAGUUCUGUGCUCUAUCCUUAACCCUAUCGCUGCCAUCUGUAUCUUUCAACUCUGGAGAAAAAGCAUCAAUAAAUACAAAAAACAUCUGUAACAUCAAGAGAUAAUAUUAUACAAAUUACAAAUAUAACAGAUCACUCCCCCAAAAUGACACGGGGUUUCUUUCAGGUAAGCAGCACUGUGAGGGUUUGUGUGUUUGGUACUGUGUGGUCUUCAACAGUAAAAGCCAUUACAUCCUUUUGUUCACUAUUUUCCACAAGACUCUAAUGGCAUGUGGAUUACCGUUUCAAGACAAGACAUGCCCGUCAAAAAAACCACUUUAACAAAAUGUAGUUUUUCUUUCCCACAGGUCACUUUUCAAAAUGUUUUAACCACUUUAUAGUACUGCUUGUACAAAAUGAUUAAAUGUCGUAUUAAUUUCUCUGCAGUAAACGUAUGUGAUAAAUAUUACAUGUAAAUCAGCUACAAAAAAAGAAACAAGAAAGUGCGCCCCAAAGCAAUCUCAAGAUUUUUAGGAAAUAUGAGAUGUUACUGCAUUCCUAUCUCCCCCUGCAUCAAUAGAAGUUGGGUGUAAGUAAGAAAGGGGUGUUAUAAAAAUAGGCCCACCUCAAUAAACAGGAAAAUAUAUGACAGGUAUUCUCACUGAUUAAACUUAUAAGACUACUUGUUACUUUUUGAAGGUGUUCAUUGUAUGAUUCUAUGGCUUCUCUCAUGGUCACAGUCAUAGCCACUAGCCACUUCACUCCACUUCCUAAAUAUUGUAUCAUGUGUUUUGGGGACCUGCGACACAGGACUUAAGACAAGGGAGUAAAUUUGUUCUUUAUCAGCCUCCAGGUGUCACCAGCCUUAACUCCCAUGGUAUCAGCAUGGCAAGGGAAGCCCAUACCUGCACUACUUCUCCCUUCUCUCCCAAAUCCCCCAUCAUCUGAUGACCUGCUAAACCUGCCCCAAAAGUGUGUGACAAAGGGCUUACUUUCCUAUCAUUCCAUUUCCUGACACAAAUGAACACCAAGAAAACAUGGCCCUCAUCAUAUCCAUACAAUAUUACAUAUUACUUAAAUUCUUGAUUUUUCUGUUUUCUUUUUUUGACAUAGAGUCUCGCUCUUGUCCCCCAGGCUGGAGUGCAGUGGCGUGAUCUCAGCUCACUGCAACCUCCACCUCCAGGGUUCGAUUCUCCUGCCUCAGCCUCCCAAGUAGCUGAGAUUACAGGUACCCGCCAUCACGCCUGGCUAAUUUUUGUAUUUUUAGUAAAGAUGGGGUUUUACCAUGUUUGCCAGGCUGGUCUCGAACUCCCGACCUCCGGUGAUCCAUCCACCUCGGGCCCCAAAGUGCUGAGAUGACAGGCGUGAGCGCCCGGCCUCAAUGUUCUAUUUUCUAAGCUAAAAGGGUCUCUACAUUUAACUUGCAGCUUUUUUCAAGCUGUUAGUUAUGUUGUACUUUCAACCAUUACCUUUCUAAAGGAAUACUAGCUCUCUCUGAUAUCAUAUUGACUGCAUGAGAACAUAAUCCUUAUAAAAGCCUACUUCAACUCCACAUCAAAUUCACUUUCUUGUUAAGAAAAACAAGCAAGUAUAAAAAAAUUGGCAUGGCCAAGUGUAGUUCUUAUCUGGCUAAUAGUAUGAAAGUAGUUAGGUAAAAAUAAGAAAAAUGGUCUUAUUUUAAAUAAGAAAACCAGCAUUUCCAUCAAGGCCAUUCAAAAUAAGAGCUCCUUAAGUGUUUGCAAAGUACAUUCAGAAUGUUCUGGUUAAUGACAGAUAAAGCUCUGAGAAACAUUUAAAACCUAAAUGAAAAAGAAUAAAAUAAAAAUCUAUCUAAGCUACAUCAAAUAAAAACUUUGUCAGCCAAUAAGGCAAAUUCACCUUUCUAUCUGACCAAGCUGCCUCUCUCCUCAGACUUCCUUUCCCAGGACUAAAACCUCAGUCUCCUCUCCUCCCUCUCUACCCCACCCUGCAGUGAUCUUACUUCUGCAGUGGUUCUUAGCUAUUCCUCCCUUCCCAUGUAAUUUCAGAUCCUUAUUGCUUCUCACUUAAAAUGACUGCAAUCAUUCCUUAACUGGCUUCUCACCUUCCACUUUCUCUCCUAACCAAGCAAACUCCAAUGUUGGUAGAUUCACCUAAUACUGCCGAAUUGACAGCUCCUUGCCUUGUAUAACCAUGAGCUCUCCAAUGUUUACUUUAUUAAAAUCCCAGGGAGCAUCCAAGAUUUGGUCUCAAUCUUUUCCUCACAGAGACACCCAAGCCCCCAAAUUGCCUGACAGUCCCCCCCAAAAUUUCUCAUACUCCAAUUAUCUGUGUCAUCCCCCAAGCAUGCCACCUUGUAGCUCAUUCUGAAGAAGCUCCUAUUCACCCCACCACAGUCUGGAGCAUUACACUUCCCGGAUUCCCACAGGUUCUAACAGCACAUAGCAGGUGAUAAGAUUCCUUUUCAUUCCUGUACAAAGCAUAAAAUAUUCUCCAGGAUAAGAGCUGAGGAGGCAGCCUGUAAUUGAUAAAUAUUUGCUGUUAUAAUUUUUCAUAAAUACUUGAUCAAGAAAUAUUCACAUGGCCGGGUGCAGUGUUGUGCCCCUGUAGUCCUAGUUACUCAGGAGGCUGAUGCAACAGGAUUGCUUGAGCCAAGGAGUCUGGGACUGCAGCAAGCUAUGAUUAGACCUCUGAAUAACCACUGCACUCCAGCAUGGACAACGUAAGACGACCC